AUGUCGACCACUGGAAAAGAGCAAGUCGUUCCAAGCGAUAUGUUAGAGGCAAGCGGAAGCUCCGGCCAAACACAGAGCGACUCAACUAUGGCGACUACGACGACCGUCGAUGACAAUGGCGCGCAACAGGAAGGUCAUGAUGAAAUGACGCAUUCGCCAGUGAAGUGUAGAAUCGAUGCGAUCUUGGGCUCUCUGACGCUUAUGGGAAGCUACCUACGAAAUAUGUCUCAGACAGUUGAAUCUAUCGACUCAGGAGAUAAGAAGAGCUUACUUGAAACGACACUCCAGCAACACCUAGAAGACUUUCAUUGUGUCCAAGAGUCAGUCCGAGCCCUUUCCCAUGAAAUCAAUGAGAACAACGAAGAGCGAAGGUCACGGUCGCGAACAACGCAUCGCCGUUCAGAGAGGGGCUUGGAACGUUCAGACUCGGGUUCGCCCGGCAGUCACUCUACUCACGAACCUCGGAGACGUCAGCGCUCAGUCUCUACCUCAUCCUUCAUCCGUGGGAGGGUUUGUAUUGCCAAGCUGAAUUACCGUCCUUGGCGGGAGGUUGCAGUCGACUACCACGAGAAAUCCGAGUAUUUUGCAAUAGACAUUCCCUCCAAUGAGCCAACCCGAGUCGAACUCUUUAGGCCUCGAGACCCUGGAUAUCAACGUCAACCGCACGACGUCAAUCGCUCAACCAUCCCCGUCGCAUCUCAGCAGGAUCAACUUAUACCAGAAAGAAUCCGAGUCAACUCUUUCCGUCUAAGAAGGUUCAUUACAUCUGCGACUGAAGAGAGUCACUCGCAGAGAAUGAGUCCACAACAAGCGUUUCACGUCUUACGGCCUUUCAAAGUUCUCUUUGAACUUGAGGGAAGGCUUAGAGACCUUAUAGACCAUCUCGAGAAUUCACGAAAGGCACUGGAGGACAAAACUGAAGAAGAAUACCUUGCACAACUCAAUGAUGCUGAACUCGAGCCAGUGAUUGACGGCGUGUAUCAGAAUGACCCAGGCAGCGAUUCAACAGAUGUAAGGGAGAUGACAGCCUAUAUUUUGGACCUUCGAUGUUUGCAGGAAUUCAUUCAAACAAGAUUGAACCCCCGUGUCGAACACAUAAAAAGGAUGGAUGAGCCGGUGAAGUUCUCUGAACUUUGGUAUAUUUUUCCUCAAGGCUCCCUGAUAAUCUCAAGAGAUCCCAAGAUACCGCAGAAGGUCUGGAAAGUAAUGGGGCGCGGUGGUGGCCGUUGGUCGCGACGGGUUCAGUACGAUGAGGUCCCCAAUCCUGUCAUAGACGAUUUCACUCCCUUCGUCGUCGAAUGCUUUUGUCUUGACUUCAAUGGGGAGCAGUACAUACCAGUUUGGCAAAGAUUUACCCUUUCUGAAUUCGAUGGUACGCAAGCUAUCAACGACUUGCCGAUAGUACCAAUUCAGGUGGCUGAAAGAGAAGAGUCUCUUUUCAGUCGGGCUUUAGUCGAAGAGCGUGGGAGAAAGUUUAUCGAGCUCGUAUCUGCUGGAGCUCAGCAUCGUUACUUCUCUGGACGAAAUCUCCAUCUUACGCUCAGAGGUACGAAGCUCGCCGCACUGGGGAGAGAAGCAGCUCGAAGUUCACUCGAGUAUACAGAAAGAUUCGACAGUGAAGUAAUUGUCGACAUGACCCGAGCCAUCGAGGAGGUUCCAGCGUGGAUUUCUCCAAUUGAACUUCCAGCAGAUGCGCCAGAUUCCACUGGCGAGCUGGCAGCUGUAUACCGCAACCGAAGACUUGGACCGAUUGCUUUCAACGACACCGAUAUGGGAGUUUCUGCAUUUCUAGUCUCGGAGCGGCCAUGUCUUCCCAUCAUCCACGAUAUCCAUGGGAACGACCUACUCCAACCCAUUACGAAUCCUCCAGAACCAUGGAACGAUCUUGAGUUGCCGACAGGUCACAAAGAGCUCGUUCAAUCACUCAUAAAGUCCCACUUCUCCCAAGACAAGUCACGAAAAAUGCAUUUGGAUCUUGUGAGAGACAAAGGGCGAGGGGUCAUCAUUUUGUUGCAUGGUGUGCCUGGCGUUGGAAAGACUUCAACAGCCGAAUGUGUUGCUCAAGCUUACAGUCGGCCGUUGCUCCCUAUUACAUGUGGGGAUCUUGGCCUUCACCCAAACGAAGUAGAGUCGAAACUGCAAGAAAUCUUUCGUUUGGCUCAUGCUUGGAAUUGUGUAUUACUUCUUGAUGAGGCAGACAUAUUUCUCGCCCAAAGAACAACUACCGACAUGCAGCGGAAUGCUCUGGUUUCUGCUGAUUGUUUUGAAGUGUUUCUUCGUGUUCUAGAGUACUAUGAAGGCAUUCUUUUCUUAACCACUAAUCGGGUUGGGACGUUCGAUGAAGCCUUCAAAUCCAGGAUACACAUGUCUCUUUAUUACCCCCCCUUGGCAGAGAUUCAGACAGCAAGGAUAUGGAGCAGCCACAUCAGGAAGGUUAAGGCGAACGGAGUCCAGAUUGACGAACAAGAUAUUCUCGCGUUCGCCCAGCAAAUAUGGACCAUCCAAGGCCGCCCAGAGCGAGGGCCGGUUUGGAACGGGCGACAGAUUCGCAAUGCUUUUCAAAGCGCCAUUGCACUUGCAGGCUACCACACCGAGACGGGAGAACAAAUUCAUCUCACAAGGGAAAAUUUUCGUCGCGUCGGAGAAGUCUCGGAUCAGUUCAGUCGCUACAUCUACAAGACGAAGCUAAGUCACACGGAUGCAGACCUCAACCGCGCUGGCGGAAUCCGUCGUGACGAAUUUGGAAGUGACCCGAACACCCGGCCAGCGGUUUCUUGGGGAGAGAAGACCGAACGUGCACUUCGGAGGAUCGGCUCAGGCGGCUAG